CAGAUACAGGUGAUCUAUGUACCUAUAUAUCUUCUCUGUGGUAUUUAUUAUCAAUUUUUGCACAGUGAAUAAUAAAUAUGUAAAAACUUUACACAUAAAACAGUCGGUGAUCAAUUUAUUUUCUAUUGACUUUUGAUAGAGACACUUACUGUUUCUGUGAAGUGUGUGGAACUGUAGUGUAAUAGUAAUUGCCAUGUUUAAAUAAGGUUACCUGCUUUAUUGAUUGUCAUCAGUUUCCAGCUAUGGAUAUCAUCAAAACUCCUAAGUUGGAAAAUGUCCAGAUGCUGGAUAAGUACAAUCUCCGGAACCCGUCCAAAGGCACGCUGUACUUCGCCACAACACAUCUCAUAUUUGUUGACCAUGAAAUGAGAAAGGAAACCUGGAUCCUCCUCAUGCACAUAUCCUCGGUGGAACGUCUGCCGAUCACGACUACAGGCUCGCCCCUACUCGUCCGCACGAAGACAUUCCAGUCGGUGUUCUUCGUGAUACCGAGGGAGAGAGACUGCCAUGAGAUGCAUCAAACCUUACUUAGGCUGAGCCAACCCGUUCAUCUGGACGAGCUAUACUGCUUCCACUACAAGUCCACGCCCGAUGACCUGCCGAAGUCGGCUGGUUGGAACUUCUUUGACAUCCAAACGGAAUACCAGAGAAUGAACGUGCCCAAUGACCAAUGGGUCCUCUGUACCGCAAAUAGGAGUUAUGAGCUCUGCGAUACGUAUCCCAGCGAGGUGUACGUGCCGGCGCGGGCCUCCACCGCCGUACUCCUCGGCAGCGCAAGUUUCAGGUCGCGCGGACGCUUGCCCGUGCUCGCGUACUUGCACCACAACAAGGCGGCCAUUGCACGCUGUAGCCAGCCGCUCAGCGGGUUCUCGGCGAGAUGUAUGGAGGACGAACAAAUGUUGGACCUUAUUCGACGAGCGAAUCCCAAUUGCGGCUACAUGUACGUUGUGGAUACAAGACCAAAGAUAAACGCAAUGGUGAAUCGGGCAGCCGGUAAGGGCUACGAAAAUGAAGCAUUCUACGAGAACAUAAAGUUUCAGUUCAUGGGCAUUGGGAAUAUACACGUGAUGCGCAAGAGUCUGCAGAAACUCGUCGAAACAUGCGAACAAAAUUCGCCAACUAUGUCAUCAUUUUUGAGCGGUUUGGAAUCAUCAGGGUGGCUUAAACAUAUAAAGUCGAUUCUGGACACGUCGUGGUGGAUCGCGACCGCAAUAGAGAGCGGCGUUAGCGUGUGCGUUCACUGCAGCGACGGCUGGGACCGCACCGCGCAGGUUUGCUCGCUGGCCGCCGUGUGCCUUGAGCCGCACUACAGGACCAUCAACGGCUACCAGGCACUCAUAGAGAAGGACUGGCUGUCGUUCGGCCACAAGUUCACGGCGCGCUGCGGGCACGUGGCGUGCGACAGUCGCGAGCGCUCGCCCGUCUUCACACAGCUGCUAGACUGCACGUGGCAGCUGCUGAGACAGGCGCCUGAGGCAUUCCAGUUCAACGAGAGGUUUCUGCUGACGCUACACGACCACGCGCAUGCGUGCCAGUACGGCACCUUCAUUGGCAACUGUGAGAAAGACAGGCGGGACCUUAGGUUGUCAGAGCGGACGUUCUCGCUAUGGGGCUACAUGGCCAGUCACCUCAACGAGUACAAAAACCCACUCUACAACCCGAAGGCGCACCCUGACGUACUAAAACCCGAUCUCAGUCCUCAGAGCAUCAGGUUUUGGCGCGGAAUGUACUGCCGGCAUGAGAGCGGUGUACACCCGAGGGAGUCCCUCGCCGACAUCCUGCCGGCCGCCGUGGAACAUUCUGGAGCUUUGACCCACCAUAUCGACUACUUGGCUAAGAGGAUAUCAACUUUCAAGAGUUUAUUAUCCGGCCGCAAGGCGGAGAAAAGCAGGGAGUCCGCAGUAGUCAAUUACCAGAACGGAAGCGAUGACACCGUGGAGAUAGACACCAAAGUGGAGGCACUACAAAUAGAUAAUAAAUUGCUGUACGAGUCUGGCGGCAACGUCACUGAGCUGGAGUGCGCCAAUCACGAUCACCCGCUCAAGGAUGUGGGCUCCGCGCAUGCCAGAACUGGCAAGAUACCGCUCAUUACAGAGAAGGCAGACGCGGCGAUUCCGGCGACUCUAGCCCAGCUGGAGGCUGAGAUCAAUACGGUUGCGUUGGACUGGAAGAGCAUUAAAAAUGUCACUGAGUGCAGUUGCUCCACACCACUAGACCACUUCAGUAGAAAGCACCACUGUUGGGGCUGCGGUCGUUGUGUGUGUACGCGGUGCGUGUGCGUGCGCGCACCGUUGCCCGCACUCGCCGCGCCGCGCGCCGUGCCGCUGUGCGCCGCCUGCGCACCCGCCACGCCCACCUCCCCUCCCCCGAAUUUGGUAACGCCCGCCACUUAAGCUAUUUUUUUUUACCGCAACCUGCGGUGGGGCAACGACAAAUGUUGACCUUCAGAAGCCCCGGGUUCUAUUCCGACCGGAGCCGAAAUUUCUGAAUUGCCUUAAACCUACCGAAAUGUCUGCUGUUCUGCUAGUAUGGUGGGCGGGUAAUAAUCGCAUCAAACAUAUUUCGCGUUGCUAAGAAACCAAUUUGGGUAAAGGCAAUGUCAUUAACUAAAAGGUAAGAUUAUAGUGGUAUUAGUCUUAUAUUGGCUAAAUAAUUUAGUGCGUAUGAGAAAUAUGUUUAUUUUUGUAAAUAGGUAACUUAACUAUAAAGAAUGAGUUUUUGGGUAAGGUCAAAUACCAAUUCUGUUGUACACAAAUCUCAUAUAUAAACUAAAUUGACAGGUCUAAUAUUUUUUUUGUCUUCUUAGGGUUCCGUAUCCAACUCUAUUACUAAGACUCCGCUGUCCGUUCGUUUGUCUGUGUGUCAGUUACCAGGCUGUAUCUCAUAAACCGUGGUAGUUGUACAUAAAAAUGAAAAAAUUAAAAUUAAAAUUAUUUUGAAAUUGAACAGAAUAAAGUAAAUAUAAAAGGGGGCUCCUAUACAACAGACAUGAUUUUGUGUCGUUUUUAUACGUAACGGUACGGAGCCCUCCGUGCUAGAGACUCGCACUUUACUAAUCUGUAUAACUAUACUAACCGCGUAUAUGAUAACUUUAAAUGAAUUAGACAUGUCAACUUAGUUACAAAAGAAUCAUCAAUGUUAAUUUUAAAUUGUUUAGAGAUCCGUCUUGAAUUUUUCAAGGAACUAUACCUGAGAAGGAUUUUGAAAAAAAAAAAAAAUCGGUUUUUUACUCUGUAAGUAAAAUAUUAUAAUUACUUUACUAGAUGGAAACAGGUAUUUACUAUGACCUUUCAGGGGGCGGGAGGGGUUGUAAUUUUGGGAGGCUUCGGCCGUGGCUUGACGUACCGCUAAGUGAUUUAGCGUUCCGGUACUUUGCGCGUAGAAUACGGUUAGGUGUAUGGAUUAACAUAACUGCCAUACUCCCUAACAGGUUAGCCCGCUACCAUCGUAGCAUCAUCACUUACCACGAGGCGAGAUCGCAAUCAAGGGCUAACUUGUGCAAUAAAAAAAAUUACAGUCAUUCAUGAUAUCAUCUUUUCCUAGAACCAUGCUUAAGAGAUAAAACAGAAAGUUUUCAUUACAAACUACGCGGUGACAACCAUCGGCUAUGUUUACACUUAAAGUGAAAUGGCUUCCACUAUGGCAAAAGAAAAACGUAUAAGGAUUCCAAUGGUAGGUCAGUGUAGUCUUAGAUCGGUAACCGAUGUCACUAUGUAUAACAUCUCUUGUUUCAUGACGUCACUUGUUUGACUUUUAUACGCUUCACUACAAUUCUAGCCUCUGAUAAGAUACUUCUAAAAGCUUUUACCCUUUCUUCUUCUUCUUGUCUGAGGCUAGGGACCUUUUUACUCGCCAAUCAAAGAAACAUUUUCAAUUAUGACUUCCUGGAAUUCUUUGUUGUUUCGUAUGUAUUAGGUAUGUAGCCUACGUUACGUUGUCACGCGCGAUUAUGAACUUAAAGCUCCAAAUAAUAGAGUUCUUUCGUUGUUACAUUAAUUGAGUAUAAGUGAUAUUUUUUUUAUGUGAUUUCCUAUUACCCCUUCUUUUCGAAAGGACCUUCUGAAGUUAACUUUUUAUCUGAAUCAAAUAAUACAUUUUAUCUUUUAUGUAAAUAUACCAUAAAUCUUGAAUUUGUAUAAAGAACAAUUGUUUAUUUAUUGGAUUGUUUUUGGUGUUCCGUACCGAAAAACUAUGCUAAACCCUAUUUAGUAAGCAUUUUUUGUCUGUCUGUCUAUCUAUAUGUCUUAGAACAGUCAUGAAAAUCAAUAAUAGAAUGAUCCAUGGCAGUAAUCUCGAGAGUAAGAUAUUGCAUUCCAAAUAGCAUUUUGAAGUUGUUAGUUUUGCUUUACUUGACUUUAUCUACACUCAUAUCUUAAAAACCGCGUAAUAAAUUCCAAACUAUCGUUAUAGAUAUAUAUUUGUUAUAGAUAUACAUAGAUAAAAUAUAGAAAACCAGGUUAAUGAAAAAAAUAUACAUCUUAAGAUGGAAUAAAGUAAAAUUGUAAUUUUUUUAACAUACAAAAAUUCAUUCUGAGCUCCAUAAGUAUUUGAUACUUAAACUGUGUUUUGUUUUUUUAAUUCUUUAAUAAAGAAACUUAAAAACUAGUUUAGACGUGCAAAGGCGGUCUUAACGCUAAAGCGAUCUCUCCUGGAAAACAUUUGUCUACGAUUAGGCCCUAAAUUAAAAUAAUCCAUAAUAUACUGCAUGGUGAUAAAUUUAGAAUACUACACAAUAUAAUUUUGUAAUUUUUAUUAGUGGUUUUACCUACACUUGGUGGAAUUAUCAAAUUUAUAAAUUUAAAAUCAAUAUAAUUUUUUUUACGGAACUGAGAGGAUUUGUACCUGCGUUAAGGGCGGUUAUGAAAUAUAAUUAUGCAUUCAUCAAUAUUAUUUCGUUAUUAUUGGGAAUAUAAUUUUUGUCUCCUGUGCUAACCUUAGAAGAAACCAAAAAUUAAAAAAAAAAGAUCGUCGUGUUUGCGCUAUUUGUUAUCUAUGGCAAAGCGCGCUUAAUAUAAACGUCAAAACACUUAAUUUGAAUACAAUUAAAGUAUUAAUGAGUAUUAAGAUAUGAGUUUAGAUGAAUUAGUGUUAAACUGCAUUAAUUAAGCACGUAUUAGGUAAAUUUCAUAUUCAUUUUGAUGUAUAAAAACUAAAAAAAAAAAAAUAUGUACAAAUAGUAAUAAUUUAAAUAAAUGUAUAAACAAUA